AUGUACUCUUCUUUCCGCCGUCCCAUAUCGUCCGUCGUAUCCUCCAGAAAAGCCGUUACAUAUGGCUUGAACGCAUCCCGCAAUGUCACAGGAACGACAAGGCCCGUUCGUCGCCAGUUUGGCACGUUCUUCACAUCUUCUAAUGGCGCUGUUCGUCUCCGGCAACGAUACGCAUCGCCUUCUCCUGCUGCUUUACGCCAUCUCCAUGUUCGUGCCAUCUCGUACUCGUCUAUCCCGCGCUUCGUGGCUCGAGCUUUUCGUGUCCCCAUUGCUGGCGCAACUAUAGGUGCAGGUGGUCUUGGUUAUGCAAACUACAAGUUUGAAGAACUACGUAACAAAUCAACGGCAUGGAUAUCCUCUGCUCAGGACGUAGCUACAGAUUUUUUAGACACAGCCUCCGACGGCUUCAAAACAGUCACCGCCCGGGUUUCUGAAGUCAAACUUCCAAACGUCGAGACACCUCAGUUCCUCAAGGAUCUCUUGGCUUCUCUUGAAGGAAACCGCAAAGGCAACCAAGAGAGCGGCUCGUCGGAGGAUGAGCCUGGCAAUUCGCGGAAUCGAUCUCCAGGCGAGGAAAAUGCAGCCAUAGCAGCACUGCUUGCUGCUACGAUGUCAUCGCCGUCAGACUCGAAGGCUUCUGAAGAUUCUGAUAACUCGAGUCUUGACCCAAGGCAGAAUGGGCUAAUGCACCUGACUCGAAAAUUGAUCGAAAUCAGGAGUAUGUUACUGAGUAUCGACCAGAGUGACUCACUCAAACUUCCAAGCAUCGUCGUUAUUGGCAGCCAAAGUUCUGGGAAAAGUUCUGUCCUCGAAGCUAUUGUCGGGCAUGAGUUCCUUCCAAAAGGUAACAAUAUGGUGACUAGAAGGCCCAUUGAGCUCACUCUAGUCCACACCCCUGCCAAAAAUGAUGGCAAAACGCCUGACGAAUAUGGGGAGUUCCCAGCGCUUGGACUUGGAAAGAUCACCAACUUUUCAAACAUCCAACAGACACUCACCGACCUUAAUCUUGCCGUCCCACCUACGGAAGCCGUUUCAAACGAUCCCAUUGAUCUCAGAAUCUAUAGUCCCAACGUCCCAGAUCUAACCCUCAUCGAUUUGCCCGGAUACGUGCAAAUAUCUUCCCUGGACCAACCCGAAACGUUGAAAGAGAAAAUCGCUGGACUGUGCGAUAGGUACAUUCGCGAGCCCAACAUCAUUCUCGCCGUCUGUGCCGCAGACGUCGAUUUGGCCAAUUCACCUGCAUUGCGAGCGAGCCGCAAAGUGGAUCCAUUAGGUCUUCGCACUAUCGGUGUCAUCACCAAAAUGGAUCUGGUUCCACCAGAACAGGGUGCCGGUAUUCUCGCUGGAAAUCGGUACCCCCUGCAUUUGGGUUACGUAGGUGUGGUGGCAAAGUCCUCAGGGAAGAAAGCCAGAAAUGAAUCAACUGGUGCCGUCGCACGGCGCAGUGAGAACGACUACUUUGGUGCGCACAGGGAACAGUUUGGUGGCACAUCUUCUCUGAUGGUAGGAACCGACACGCUGCGUCGCCGACUGAUGGAAGUGUUGGAAUCAUCCAUGGCGUCAUCGCUCCAUGGGAUCACCAAUGCAGUUCAACUCGAGCUGGAAGAGGCAACGUAUCAGUUCAAAGUGCAAUACAAUGAUCGGCGUGUCACCGCCGAGUCCUACGUUGCAGAAGCUGUUGAUACAUUAAAGGCGCGGUUCAAGGACUUCACGGUCCAGUUCCGCAAGCCGCAGGUUCGUGCCAAGCUCAAGGCGAUGCUGGAUGACAAAGUGAUGGAUGUCCUCGAGCAACUUUACUGGCUGGAUAAACGUGCCCCUGAACUGGGCACGCUAGCGGCGGACCCGAAGUUAAAGCCCGAGGAAGUUGAGCCGUAUUGGAGGCACAAACUCGAAGCCGCGUCGUCUCUGCUCACCAAGUCUGGCGUGGGACGCGACUCGACGUUGCUCGUGGCAGACGGCUUACGGGCACUCAUCGACUCUAUCGCAGCGGGAGAGCCGUUUACAUUCCACCCACGCGCGGCGGAACGGCUCAUACAAUUUUCCCACAUGAUACUGCGCGAUAGGAUCGGUGUGACGUCUGACCAGGUAGAGAAUUGCAUCAAGCCUUUCAAGUAUGAGGUUGAUGUGGAUGAACGGGAGUGGGAAAUUGGGAGAGGACGCGCGGUUGAGCUGUUUGAAAAUGAGAUGGCGAUGUGCGAGGGUAAACUGAGGGAUAUACGGAAGAAAGUGGGUGGUAGCCGGAGGCUGAGUGGCCUGAUGGGGUAUGUCAAGGAUCUAGAGGAUAAAGCGAGAGAAAAGAAGAACAAACGUCUGGCAGGUGGAGAGGAAGACCAAAUUGAGGAAGACCCAGAGUCAUACCGGUAUCCUCCAGCACAAAUACUUGACGCUCGUCAUGCGAUGUUGUACAGCGACAGGCUCUCCAUACUCAAGCUACGCCUCGCUGCGUUGAAGUCUAAACGAUGCCGUGCUGGGCCAGAGAGCGACGUGUUGUGCCCUGAGGCCUUCCUCAAUGUUGUGGCAGAUAAACUGGCAUACACUUCAGCCAUGUUUAUAAAUAUAGAGUUAUUGGAUCAUUUCUUCUACCAGUUCCCUCGAGAGAUAGAUUCUCGAUUGUUGUAUGAUUUAGAUCGCAGUGAGAUCAUUGAAUUUGCCAGGGAAAACCCCGUGAUCAAGAAGCACCUGGACCUUCAGGAAAGGAAGGACAAGUUGGAAGAGGUAAUGAAGCAGCUCAACAGCCUUUCGACCCUAAGGGCCGAUUCACAACCUUCUCCACGUCGACAACGCGGUCUGUUUGGUGGUAUGUUUUAA